AUGCCUCACGGGAACUGUAGUCGCUGGCGCUGGGCCGCCCCCUUCGAGGUCCGCGCGGCGCAAACCGAUGUCCCCGUGGCCAGCCCCGGAGCCAGAGCCGUCCUAGUGAAGAGGGAAGGCCCCUCUGGGGGUGGGGCCCAAUCAGGCCUGGGGAUAGAUCGCAGGCGUCGCCCCAGGGGGAGCGGAGUGACAGCGAAAGCGGCUGAGGUUCACUCUCAUUUGUGGUCUCUGCUUCUGCAGGAGGCCCCGAAGCUUCAGGUGGAUGAUAGUCUGCCUGAGCUGCUGUCUGCCACUAGUGGCCAGUGCCUGCCUUUUGUUGCCUUAGAAGGAAUUGUCCUGCCAACAAAAGCAGCUUUGUCCAGCCAACACCAUGAGGAGCUGAAGGGAGUGAUCCAGAAACUAGUUCUGAAGGAGCAUCGGCUGAUCUGGAACAGCCUAGCCCGGAGUUGGAAUGAAAGUGAGCGGGUGGUUUCCGAGCAGGUGUACACGGUGCCCUUUGCUCUGGCAUCCCCCAGCACUGAGACAGUGACACGGGUGAGUGUGGAGAGCCCUUUGCAGGCUGUCCGGCUGCCCCUGGAGACUGUGUAUGAGCGCUUCCAGCACCCAACCCACCACUUCAAAGACCUGAUUGGUCACUACCUUAGUGGAGAGAAGCCCAAGGGCCUCCUGGAGACAGAGGAGAUGCUGCGAGUGGGAGUGAGUCUGACUGGCAUCGGGAAGCUGGCCCUGCAUCCAGAUGGAGCCCUCCACCUGCAGCCCCCAGCUGAUGGGUCUGACUACUUCCUGAACCCGGGGGACUGGCAGACGCUGCUGGCGGAGAUGGAGUCAGUGAGCAGCUUCUGGAAAGGGGCAGCAGUGCUGUGUGGCUGGGCAGGCGGGGCGGUGAUCCUGUAUGCCCUCUGCGGGGCCUAUCAGCAGCACCGGCACAAGCAGGAGCAGGAAGAGCAGCGGCGGGAGUUCGAGGCCCUGUGGUACAAUGAGGACACAGCGACUGAGUCUGGGGAGGAGAUGUUGGAGGAUGCCUGCAUCAUCUGCCUGACCCGGCCCCGCGAGUGUGUCCUGCUGGGCUGCGGCCAUGUCUGUUGCUGUUUCCGCUGCUUUGAGGCCUUGCCUAACCACACCUGCCCCAUCUGCAGGAGCCCUAUAGACAGGGUAGUGCCCCUCUACCAGGCCUGAGGGGGAGAAGGGGCUUCAAACUGUACCAGGGCAAGAGCAGAGGCGUCCCUGGCAUUAGGCAGUACCAUUCUGCCCAUAAAACCUCAGCUACCUGUGUGGCAAUGUGCAAUUGACAAGUGUAGUGAUGUGGGAUGUGAGUCCACUACCUUGGGGGUGGAGGGUGCUGCAAGCCCAGCCCCCUAGGCUCAAUUUUGGGGGGGCGGGGCUGGAGAUGUGCUCAUGCUCCUCCCCCUUUGGUGCUGGUCAUGUGGAAAUUGGAGUAUGUGGCCUAAACUAGCAUCACUCAGCGUGAAGCGCUUGAUGACUCCCCUCCCCCACCAGCCAUGUAACACAUCUGCUCCCAGCACUGCAAGGAGAGUCUGAUGGGACCAUUCCCUCAGCACAGGGCAGCUCUCGACCUGCUACCCCAAGAGGAUCGUGGCAGUGCGGGGGAGGGGAAAUAGAGCCGCACCUGUUCCAGCCAGGCGGGAGUUUGAAGGGAGGCUGCAUGUCUGGGUUGGAGAGGCAUUUGUGCUAGUUUCCUCCAGAUCCCUUCCUGAGCCCAGCUGGAGCCCGGCAGGCCUGAGGUGCAAUGCUUCAUCAGUGGCCAGGGAUGCAGCUUGGACACCACGCCACAGGGCUGGAUGUUACAGUAGGAUUUAUUCUUCUAGCACACCUUCGGCACUGGUGUCCUGAGAACGUGGUGCAGAGAGGCUGGCAGAAGCUGGGGGGAAGAAGGGAGCUGCGAGGUAGUUUGGGGCUGUGGGUCUGAGGCCAGAGGGCCUGGCUGCUGGGCAGCAUGCAUUGCACAGCUGAACAGCCAGGCUUGGUGCUUCCAGUGGUUAGAGACACGCAGCUUGGGGGCAGCAUGUUUGUCUUUCCCCCUUCGUCUCCUGGGGGAUGUUGAGUUGCAAGGCUUCCCCUGGAGCGAAAACUGGCAGCCAGGAUGUUGUGCCCUCCUCACUGUCCAACUCUUGCAGCCUCAUCACACCCACGUGCCAGAGAUGGAGGCAGUAGCUGUUGCCAAACAGGGUGGUUUGCAGCAGACCUGGCUCCUCACUACCCCCAGCUGUUGGAUCCCUGGAGGAAGACAGCCCUCUGCUCCCCUGCCUAAGCUGGAGGAAUAAAGGGGCCCUAAUGGAGGCCAUACCCCAGGAUAGGGUAAAUUUACACACGCACAAUCACACUCUAUUGUAGUGCUGGGGGAAGCCUGCUGGGAAUCUGCAGAGCUCCUGCAAGCUACGGGCUCCUGACUGGAGUGUUGCCUUCCUCAUAGCUGCAAGGAGGUCUCACUGAAUCAAUGUUGGUGGUUAUUUAUAAAGAGAAGGAUCAGA